AGUUCAGCUCAUCCAGUGUGAAGGGAGGAAGUGCCACUGUUCCUAAACAGGCCCCAGGCAAGGGCAAGCUCUCCCUGGUUCCUGUGUACCUCAAACACCUCCAGCAGCUCCUGCCAUGGACAGGUGGUACCUGGGUGGCAGUGCCAAGGGGACGGAGAAUCCCUUCGAGUAUGACUAUGAAACCGUCCGCAAAGGAGGCCUGAUCUUCGCGGGCCUUGCCUUCGUCGUGGGACUCCUCAUUCUCCUCAGCAAAAGAUUCCGCUGUGGGGGCAGUAAGAAGCAUAGGCAGGUCAAUGAAGAUGAGCUGUGACGGAAGAGCCGGCAGUGCCACCGGUGCAUGGGCACCAGUGAUGCCCACCUUCCCCAGCCAGGCACCACGGACCCCACCAUGGUCAGCACUGGCUGAAGGAAGUGCCAGGCUUACUGGGACCCCCUCAUGGUCAUCCCUCAUGCCUCUAGAUCGUUAACUUCCUCUCUCCCCUCCCCAACCUCUCUUACACCCAACUCCCUAUUCCAAGUUGGGGUACAUGUGCAAUCUCAUUGCCCUGGUUUUCAAUGAAUCGCUCUACAAGAAUCUGCCAACAAAA